AGCAUUGAAGAGUAUGGCACCUUCAAGGGUUCCAUAUAUACAGAUUAAUCACAUCCACGAUGAAAAAAAAUUCAGGGAAACAACUUAGAUUGUGCAGAAGUACACGAGAAGGUAAUAUGAGGAAAUUACAGGGAAUUAGAGAGGCUGAGUUGCAAAGUUGCAACACCUAACUCUUACAAAUGCUGUUACCAUUUCUUAUUUCCUGCAGAAUAAUAAGAUACAGAAAGAAAGGGAAUGAUGAUGGUGUCUGGAAGCAUAGCUUUCAGCAUCGGCAGGGAUGGCAGGAACAAAGGCGGCAGCGAUACACGAGAUAACAAGAUGGUCCUCGAGACAGGUAGGCAACCAUGAGAGCUAGACAUAUGACUAUCACCAUGAGAGGUAGCAUGAGAUCUGGAACCCCAUUAUCAGACGAUGCUCCACAACAGACCUUCCCCAUUGCACGACGCUCUUCCGUUACUCGUCCAGAAGACCAAGAAGAACAAUAUAAGGACAUGGAAAUGGAAUCUCAAGGACUCUAUUUGACCAUGAUAUUAAUAGUUUACAGGAGGGAUUUGGUUUCUUCCAGCAUGGUAGUUAACUAUUUAAUUACAUCAUUCGUGCUUAUGAUUACACAAAUAAUUGUGUUUAGUAAAUUACUAUACUAUAGUACAACACUACAACAUUGUAAAGUCUUGUUUAUUAUCCCACCUAACAAAAUCGUCAUGUUUAUUAAGAUAUUCUGUGUUCUGCCGGCCAAAAAGUACUUAUCCCAUAAUAGCAUUCAAGCAUACAGAGGAUAUUCAACAAAAGCCAAAUUUAUUGCAGCAUCUAAGAAUAUGGCACCUUCAAGGGUUCCAGAUCUGCAGAUUAAUCACAUUCUCAACGA